AGGUUCAUGUUAUUGCUGAGUCUUGACAGAUUCAGACAAUGGCAAGCAGCAGCAAAUACAAUUUAAAGUGGAAUUCCCACCAUGUGGAGACCUUCAACAGCUUCGAUACACUCAGAAGCAGGGAGACGCUAGUAGACGUUACGCUGUCAUGUGAAGGACAGUCCCUUAAAGCCCACAAGCUGGUUCUGUGUGCAGGGUCGGGUUAUUUUGAGCGAGUGCUGCAACGUGAUAGUAAUCACAACCCUGUGAUAUACUUCUUUGGAGUGGAUGCCCAUCUCCUGAAGUUUCUAGUUGAUUUUAUGUAUGUGGGAGAGGUGGACAUCCCAUCAGUGGACUUGGAGAGGUUUAUCCAGCUGGCUGAAGCCCUGGAAGUGAAGGGACUAAAGGGAGACCGCUCUAAGACAUCAUCUUAUAAUACUAGUGCUUUGGCAUCAGCUGCGACCACCAUUCCCGUUUCUGACGUCCAGGAUGCCCUUGCUCACAAGCGCAAGGCUACUGCCUGGCAGUCCUAUGAUGAUGAACCCCAGUAUGCUAAAACCCCUCGGCGUAGCUUGCAUACUACACCGAGUCUGAUCUCUCAGGGAAAUGGUCCCUCUCCAAGGGUGAUACCUCGGAGUGCAUCUGGGAGUGUAUCAAGUGCUAGUAGUUCCACAUCUGGUCCAAGUGCAUCUACCAAAGAGGAGCCUGUGAUCAAAGACGAAGUUGUAGAUAUUGCUGAGGAAGAACCUGAUGAAGGUGAAGAGCAGGAGCAGUUGGAUGAGCAGGAGGAAUGGGAUGAAGAGUCACAUGCAUCCUACUACGCUGAGGCAGAGGGUGAAGGGGCUCCCCCAAACAACCAGGACAUGCCUCAGAAUAUCCCUCCUGAAAUCAAUCCUUCUGUGAGUUGACUGCUUGCUCUCUUUUUGCAUGCUGAUGUAGCAGUGACUGUAAUUUGAAAAGAAAGUACUGAAUGAUGCCCACA